AUGAAGGCUUUCACCAUUGCCGUGUCUCAGAUCACUGCCACAGUGUCCAAUCAUGAGCAACAGCAACAGCAACAACAAGAACAAGACGUACGUUGGCUGCUAAACCGUAAUGUGGAAUCCUCAUUGUUUGUACAGGUGUUGAAUGUCGUGGUGGAAACGGACACGCACGUUCUUUCAUUGGUCCGCUACGUCCCUGACCUUAUCGAGUUUGACCACUUGAUCAAGACGCAUUAUCGACGAGUCAGGGUCCCUUUUCCGAAAUUGACAGAGGAACCCGCUACGAUGACGACCCAUACGACGACGACGACGACGACGGGCACCACAGCCACUGUAAAUACGACUGCGGAUAAACGCCGUAGCUUUCGUCAGUUCUUGACAUCGCUGCCACACAGCAGUCAUCGAUCGAACGCAGAAAAAAUCCAACGCUAUCUGCAUAAAUGCUCGCUCGAGCCAGUCGUCCGUUCGUCGAGCAUUUUUCGUGAUUUUUUCUCUGUCCAGCGCGAUGAGGAUCGCUGCGUACCCAAAGCUGGACUGAAACAACUUCAGGCGCCACUUUCGUCUACUACUACAACUACUACUAAGCCAUACCUGCAACAAGAACAUCAACAGCAGCAGCAGCAGCAGUCUCGGCAACGUGAGGACGAAAGCCCGAAAAAGUACGACUUUUUUGAAAACUUGGAAAUGAUCAAAGUGCUUGGAAAAGGAUGUAUGGGCAAGCUAGUCAUUGAACAGCGCGAAAUCACACACACGCUUGCAGAGCGUGACAUUCUGGCCACUCUGUCUGAGAUCAACCAUCCCUUCCUGGCCAAGCUGCAUGCAUCGUUUCAAGACAUGCAUCGACUCUACUUGGUCACCGACUACUAUUGCGGCGGCGACUUGGCAACCCAGAUGAGCACCUGCUCCACCUUUUCCAAGGAACGUACCCUCUUUUAUGCCGCCGAGAUCAUUGACGGUAUGGGCGAAUUGCAUCGACUCGGCGUCUUGUACCGCGACUUGAAACCCGAGAACAUUCUACUCACGGCCGAUGGGCACGUCUUGCUGACGGACUUUGGGUUGAGUAAAUGGCUUCUAACGACGACAACAACGAACGACGAUGACGACGAGAAUGAUGGACAGCAACAUCAACGAGUGACACAGACGUUCUGUGGCACCGCCGAGUAUUUAGCUCCUGAAGCAUUGCUAGGCGAGCCCUAUUCCUUUGGCAUCGACCAUUGGGCGUAUGGUACGAUUCUUUACGAAAUGCUUGCAGGCAUCACACCUUUCUGGGCCGACAACCAUUCGGAAAUGUACCGCAGGGUGCUGCAGGACCCACUCGAGUUCCCGCCCGACACGGAUUUCGAAACAGCCGAGUUUUUGUCUGCAUUGCUUGAACGCGACCCACGGUUACGACUUGGCUACAACGGUGUCGACGAAAUCAAGCAACACAUGUAUUUCUCCGACGUGGAUUGGGACCAAGUGUAUCAGCGAAGCUUGGUCCCACCCUAUGUGCCUGAUCUUCGAUCGUCGUUGGAUUUUUCCAACUUUGAUCCGUCUUUUCUCGAAAUGCCUGCAGUGCUCACUCCAGUCGCUUCCGCCGUCGACUUGUCGCAGGAGAUGCAGCAAGUCUUUGAUGGGUAUUCGUUUGUUGAUGCGCAGUUC